AUUUCCCUUCUAUCACAUGGACCUUUUUUUAUUUUGUUUCUCUAUCUCUCGUUACUCCAAUAUUACCCCCACAGUUACAAAAGUGAUGCAACUAAGAAAGGAGGAAGUAAUGCAUGUUCUCUUUAUCUGUGGAAAGGGGGUUUAAGGAAAACUUCAGAUUGUCUAAUUUCUGAACCUGGGCGAAGAGAAGAGUAUCUAAACCUGUAAAAGCCCCCAAAAAACCCCUUGAAGAGGAGCUCGAAAGAAUGAGUUGCACCAUACUCAGAUUACAAUUUCCAAUUCACACCAGAAUUUUUCCUUUUUCACCCUCCAAACUUCAUUCUUUCUCUUCAAUUUCAAACUUCCACACUCUAAAACCCUCACUCAGCUUCAAAUCUACCCUCUCAGAUUCCAAGACUAGUGGUGCGCAAGUGGUGGAAGAUGAAGCAGAUGUUGAUGUUGUUGAGGGUUUAACAAUGACCCAAUUUUGUGAUAAAAUGAUUGAUUUGUUUAUAAAUGAGAAACCCAGGUCUAAAGAUUGGAAGAAAUACUUGUCUUUUAGGGAAGAAUGGAAGAAAUACAGGGAUAGAUUCUAUAGCCGAUGUCGAACCCGAGCUGAUAUGGAGACUGAUCCUGUUUUAAAGAGGAAACUCAGCUCUUUGGGUAGAAAAGUUAAGAAGAUUGAUGAUGAAAUCGAAAGGUAUACCGAUCUUUUGAAGGAGAUAGAAGAUAAUCCUACGGAUAUUAAUGCAAUUGUUGCUAAGCGGCGUAGAGACUUCAAUGGGGAGUUCUUUCGCCACCUCACAUUUCUUCAACAGACUUAUGACAGUUUGGAUGACCGUGAUGCUGUUGCUAGGCUUGCUGCCAGGUGUUUGACUGCAGUUUCUGCUUAUGAUAACACAUUAGAAAUUGUGGAUACAUUUGAUACUGCGCAAGCUAAAUUUGAUGACAUCCUGAACUCCCCAUCAAUUGAUAUUGCCUGUGAGAAGAUAAAAAGUUUUGCCAAGGGAAAGCAACUCGACUCUUCAUUGAUAUUAUUGAUAAACAGUGCAUGGGCUAAAGCAAAAGAGUCCACAACCAUGAAGAAUGAGGUCAAAGAGAUUAUGUAUCGCAUUUACAAAACAACAAAAAGCAGUAUGAGAAGCAUAACACCAAAAGAAAUAACACUACUCAAACACUUGCUUAACAUAACAGACCCUGAAGAGAGAUUUUCAGCUUUGGCCACGUCUUUCUCCCCUGGAGGUGAAUGUGAAGCCAAGGAUCCUAAUGGUCUUUACACGACACCAAAAGAGCUCCAUAAGUGGAUAAAGAUCAUGCUCGAUGCAUACCAUCUAAGUCAAGAAGAGACCGAAAUUAGGGAAGCUAAACAAAUUAAUGAACCAGUGGUUAUCCAAAGGCUUUUCAUUCUCAAGGAGACAAUAGAGGAAGAGUACUUGGAGCGCCAAGUUAAUACAGGUGCAGAAGCUAACAAAUCAGAAGAGGAAUUCUGAAAAUUUUGACAUAUCAUCAUCAUUCAUUGCAAGCAUUGCAUUGUAUACUUGUCUUUUAUGUAGCUUUGCUGGUUGAAAAUCAGCCUCUUGUACAUAAAAUCCCAGAUAGUAUGAACUAAUAAAGUGUAUCAUGCUGCAUGUUUUUGUUGUAGCUGUUUAACAAAAUAUGAAUAUUGGUUGUA